AAAGAUAAAGAAAAGUUGCAUCCCGUAAUUGACAAUUUGGCAACAACCAACCACCCAAAUCCUUGUGAAUGACCACCAAGCUCUUGUUCCUGUGUUAGAUAUAUUAAUCAGAAGAAGCAAGCAAGCAGCCAUUAACGAUUGAAUGGCUUCUUAUUUGAAUUCGUCUAUGGUGUUAUCGAAGCCGAAACAGCCGGCUUCCCACCUUGAUUUUCUCAAUUCGCAACAUCUGUCGUCAUGGUCUCCGAUUACUAGUGUUAGAUGGCGAACACAUCAUCAGCGGUGUUCUGUGCAGCAGGUUAAGGUUAGGGCAUCAUCAUCGAUGGGAAAAGGUUUGAAGGUUAUGAUUUCUGGUGCGCCUGCUUCUGGUAAAGGAACACAAUGCGAGCUCAUUACUACCAAAUAUGAUUUAGUGCAUAUUGCAGCUGGUGAUUUACUGAGAGCAGAAAUUGCAGCGGGAUCUCAGAGUGGGAAGCAAGCAAAGGAAUACAUGGAGAAAGGACAACUCGUUCCAGAUGAAAUAGUUGUCACGAUGGUUAAGAAUCGUUUAUCACAACCAGAUUCUGCUGAAAAGGGUUGGCUUUUGGAUGGAUACCCAAGAAGCUCUUCACAAGCUACGGCCCUUCAAGCCUAUGGUUUUAAGCCCGACAUAUUUAUUCUUCUUGAAGUUCCUCAGGAAAUUCUUGUUGAUAGAGUGGUCGGUCGUAGGUUGGAUCCAGUUACUGGUAGAAUAUACCACAUGACAUAUUCACCCCCUGAAACCGAAGAAAUUGCUGCAAGGCUAACCCAACGGUUUGAUGACACAGAAGAAAAGGUAAAGCUUAGGCUGCAAACACAUAACCAAAAUGUAGAAUCCGUCCUUUCAUUGUUUGAAGAUAUUACAGUCAAGGUGGAUGGAAGUCUCUCCAAGGAGGAUGUAUUUGCCACGAUUGAUAGUGCGCUCUCAAAUCUUAUCAAGCAAAAGAAUGCCACUUUAGGAAUGGCAGCUGCGUGAUCUAAAACGAUAACAAGCCUGCCGUUACAUUGUCAUUUUGUCAUCUCAUUUGGUUUGAUGUGUAAUUUUUUUCUUUUAUUAUUGUUUUUCAUAAUGUUCUUGCAAGACAUUUUUCAGGAUGACAAUGUUGUAUUUGAUACACAUAUAGAUAUGUUAUAUAAUAAAUAAUGCUUUUCCAACUA